AUGGCUGCAUUCUCUCAUUCACUCAUCGAGUUCCUCUGCCAAUACCCACUCACGCAGUCCCAGUCUGACAGUGAGGGCCUGCUUGCUGACCUCAUCGACCAUCAUCCAGCUUUCGAUCCCCACCACUCCCCAUCCAGCCAGCAGGACCACAGACACUCCUCACCCAGCCCAUUCUCAGCCCGGCCAUCCUCAUCCGCCAAAUUCCUCUCCUCUGCAUUCUUCAACCCCCACCACCACGACUUCCCCGAGGAGCAACACCCGCAUCGCUACCCUCACCCCUUCCAUCAGUCCACCCACUCCACCUCCCCCGGCCACCAACACCAACAUCAGCAGCAACAGCAGCAGCAGCAGCAGAUUCAGUCUAAUGGUCGUUUUAUCAACGAAUUUGAUGAUCCCGCUCAUCGCCCCUCAGACCCUUACGCACUCAACAACUCACCCGAUCAACUCAUGUUUAUCAUGCCCUCAUUCGCAAAGAACCCGUCCAACCAACUCUCACUCGACGGCCCCUCGUACGCCGAACCGAUGCUCACUUCUCCCUAUUCAGACAAAUCACUUCAAUCCGUCUCAAUCGACUCACCCUACCCACUACCACCACCACCACCACCACCACCACCACCACCACCACCAUCAACUGCUACUACUACAAAUACCACAGCAGCAGCAACGAACUCCAACAACCCUCAAUCACAUUUACAACCAACCACUAACCAUCCCCUGCCAACGGCAACCGACUCAAAUCCAUCUCAAUCUAACAGCAAAUCAUCAUCAUCAAACAGUCUGAAUAGCUUCGCUGGCUCAUCCGCAAUCACCCCGCCUACCACCUCAUCCUCCAGACAUCCAUCCGAGGCUAACAUCGAAGAACUUGUCUCCACUUACGACUUAGCCCUUCGAUCCAAGUCUCACACGCCCGACCCCAGACAGCUUGGAUUCUCUCAGCAUUUCAAACCACCAGAGAAUCCAUACUCUCAAUCGGGCUUUGACCUGGUUGGCGCCUUGGCCAGGGUGGUCGAUCGACCAGACCCCAAAGUGAAGAUCGGAGCCGUCGAUACCUCGGCUGCCCUGGUGGUCGUAGACGCCAGACAGAACGACCUACCCAUCAUCUUUGCCACACCCAGCUUCAGUCUGCUCACUGGCUAUCAGACCGAUGAGAUCAUCGGCCAGAACUGUAGGUUCUUGCAGAAACCUUUCAACCCAAACGCUGUCAAGAGACCGCGAGAUCAAGCCGUCAACUGUCGCGCCACCCUCCAGAUUCGCGACCACAUCCAAGCCGGUCGCGAGAUCCAAUCGUCUAUCGUCAACUACCGCAAGGACGGCAAAGCGUUCAUCAAUCUCGUCACUGUCAUCCCCAUCGCCUGGAACUCCUCUGAAAUCAGUCACUUUGUUGGCUUUCAGGCUGAUAUCGUUGCUCUCACAAAUGGACUAGGUAUUCCUCCCAGUCCUAAAACACGGCCCAAUCUACUUCAGGCCAAGCAGAUCUGUGCAUCCAAUACGAUAGAAGCCGCAACCUCCCAGAAAUCCGCAGCCCAACAGCAAGCAGUCGAGCCCAUCUCGCCUUCCUCGUCCGCACCGACUCAAUGUGCGAUCACCGAAUGGGCAGAUACAUCUGGCUAUUAUCAGACCGUUUUGCAAGAGAGUCGUGAUUUGAUUCUCGCCAUCUCUCUCAAAGGUACCCUGUUCUAUGUGUCCCCGUCUUGUAAAGAGAUGGUCGGCUAUGACGAAGAGGAAUUGGUCAAUCAGAACAUUUCUAAAAUUUGUCACCCAAGCGAUUUGACCGGCAUACUACGUCAACUCAAAUUGAUCGGCAACACCUCCCACACACCUAUUGACUUAGUCUUCCGUGCCGUAGACCGUCAAGGUGAAAUUUUCUGGAUGGAAUCCCAAGGCCAGUUGCACGUUGAAGUUGGGAAAGGUCGAAAGUAUAUAGUGGUUGUUGGUCGGCCCAGGACGAUUGGCCCACUCUCAUGGCAAGCGAUUCGGUCGGCUGGCGGUCUAGGAGCCAAUGAGUUUUGGAUGAAGCUAUCUCUAGACGGAUUAUGCCUGUUUGCGACUUCACCCGUUCGAGAGGUCCUUUUCUACGAAUCCGGGCAGAUGGUCGGCAAAUCCUUGGCCCAGAUGUGUGCGCCCGAGCAGCGCGGCUUGCUCAUCAAUGCGAUCCGGUCGGCCUACGAAGGAAACGAGGUGGUCACCCUGGUGUAUUCCCUCCAGGUUCGCAACGGUCCACUCGUCUCGGUCGUCAGCCACUUCUACCCGCCCCACUAUUCGAGUGGUCCCCUGGCCUGUGGCUUGCCCCUGCCCGCUUCCAAGCUCACCAACCCCCCACGAACCAUCUUCUGCCAAACAAACGCUCUCAGCUCGGCUGUCCAACGGCCCGCCAGCCUUCCCGCGGCCCAGAAUGUAUCAUCGUCAGCUGCCAGACGGGCCUCAGAGGGCCAGGACAAUCCUGCCAAGCCCAGUACCCGGCUAUUCAACUCGACCUCGGCUGUACUGUGUGCCGAUCCUCUUCCACCCACCAAACUUUCCGGUGAAACCACCGACGCACCCUCGGAUGACAACCUCUUCAGCCCACUGGCAACGACGAAGACAACGCCUUGGAACUACGAGUUCAGCCAGUUGAAGCGCAAGAACCUGAAGCUCCGCUCCGAGCUUUCCCAGCGCGGCUUGUCCCACCAUAUCGCCGCCUCUUCCGUCGCCGGCCCGGUCACUAAUGAGCCCCUGGGAUGUGCCAGGACGGCCAAGGCCAUGCAUGCCGCCCGCAGCGCGAUCUCUAACCCUUACCCUUCCCGCCUCCGCCUCCACUCGACCUCCUUCAUCCCCUCCGGCCCCGUCCCCGAGGACGCAUCCCCUCCUGGCAGUGGCCUGGCUGUCCAACGCAAUCCUUCGGCCCCCUCCUCGUUCGCAUUCGAUAACAGAGCUGGCCCCGCUAGUCUUCUUCCCACUUCCGGAUCGGGCUCGUUCUCAUGUACUGACAUCAACCCACCUACCAAAACCGAGUAA